CAUCAUGGUGUUCAAACGUUACGUUGAGAUUGGCCGAGUUGCCUAUAUCUCCUUUGGGCCACAUGCUGGCAAGCUGGUGGCAAUUGUGGAUGUUAUUGACCAGAACAGGGCGCUAGUUGAUGGCCCCUGCAGUGGUGUAAGAAGGCAGGCUAUGCCCUUCAAGUGCAUGCAGCUAACAGAUUUUGUACUCAAAUUCCCACACAGUGCUCGUCAGAAGCAUGUGCAAGUUGCCUGGGAGAAAGAAAAUAUUAAUGAAAAAUGGACAAGUACAAGGUGGGCAAAGAAGAUUGAAGCCAGAGAAAAGAAAGCCAAGAUGACAGACUUUGAUCGCUGCAAGGUCAUGAAGGCAAAGAAAAUGAGGAACAGGAUCAUCAAGCAUGAAGUAAAGAAGCUCCAGAAGCAAGCUUCCAAAAAAAGCAUAAACUGUCAGUAAUCAAAUAAAGUUCCAGUUUAAUAUA